AUGAUACCCAGAAUCCCGCUUCUCUCUAUGCUCCAUUUCGAAGACAGCAACGAAUUCAGACACAUCAGAACAACAUCAUCUCAGAAUCAAUCAGCAAAAAUGGGUUUAGGGCAAAAGAUUAAGGAUGCGCUCCAUCACGACCAUCCUGAUAAGACCUACGAAAACGACAGUCCCCCUGGAGCUUUUCCUUCCGACACAACACACAACAAGCACAACAAUAUGUCCGACGGCCGCGAUUAUACCACUACCGGCACUGCCGGCACCACCGGCGCUAAGGCCGGCCACACUGGCACGGGAUUGACCGGAAACAACACAACCACCGGCGGUACCACCGGUCCUGUCGGUUCUACUGGAACUACCGGCACUGCUGCGGGCCACACUGGGACAGGGCUGACCGGAAAGAACACCACAGCUGGCACUGGACAUCACAUUUCGACUACCAGUCCCACUAACAACACUCUGGGCGGAGCUACGGGAGAUCUUACUGGCACCAGCAGAACCGGCCAUCGCCCCACCGAUUCUGGCGUCGACGUCGGUCGCGGCCCUGGACACCGAAAGGAUGUCGCCGGUGACCUUAACCGCACUGGCGAGAGCGGAGUUGCCCAAGACCCUUACUGGGGCUCCAUGGGUCGAGAAAGCCAUGGAGUGACUGGGCCUACCGGCACGUCUGGCCUGACCGGCUCUAAUGUUCGCACAGGUCAUGAUGAUCCCGCUGGAACACAUGGCCCCCACGCCAACCGUGCCGGAAACCUCGCGGAUCCUCGCGUCGACUCUGAUCGUGACCACCGCGGUGCUCCAGGCUCUGGUUUGACUGGAUCAAAUGUCCGUUCCGGUUACGAUGACCCUGCUGGCACACAUGGUCUUCACGGCAACCGCGCCGGAAACCUCGCGGACCCCCGCGUGGAUUCUGACCGCGACCACCGUGGAGCCCCGGGCGUUGGUAUGACCGGAUCAAACGUCCGCACCGGUUACGAUGAUCCCGCUGGAACACACGGCCCCCACGCCAACCGUGCCGGAAACCUUGCGGAUCCUCGUGUUGACUCUGACCGUGACCACCGUGGUGCUCCUCACAGUGUCAACAAAGACCUGCCCCUGCGCCCCAACGAGAACCGCGGUGCUUACGACUCAAACAUUACCAGCUCUAGAGGACAAGGUCCAGAAGCUGUUGGCGGAGGCAGAUACAACCCCCUGGCUAGCGCCGGUGGCCACCACGACCCUACAUCGAGCGUUGACCGCUCCAUUGAGGGCCGUGAAUUCACUCACACCGGCCACGGCGGUAACACGGGCCCCGGUACCGGCAGCCAGAUGCAAUACGGCCUUCAGAACCCCGUGAACAACCCCUCUCUCAUUGGUGCCAACAACGAUGAUCCCUACGACACCAGAAUGAGGGAUAGAGACAUGGGUCGUGACCGCACUGGCCAUGGCUUGGCAGGCGGUGCUCCUGGUGCUGCACUUGGUGUCGCCGCUUCCGAGGCUUCUCGGAGACACCACCAUGACGACAUUCGCGAGGCUGGCUAUGGCGGUAACAACACGGGCGAUUACAACUCGCCAACCAACACCCGUGGCGGUAUCGGCGGUGCCAGCGGUUACGGUGACCACCCACGAUCCGGUUCCGGUUCCGGCCUCACCGGCCAUGAGCCUGGUGUGCCCAAGACUAGCAUGCUGGACCCUUACAACAGCAAGUCACCUACGCACGGAGUAGGCGCCAACGAGGGCCUUACUGGAGGACGUGAUGGAUCUCCCACAUUCAACCAAGGCCACGAAGGUGCCAAGGUCAUGCACACAUGCUCGCACUGCGGUAACGAUAACGACAUCAGCCGCUACUUUAAGAAGGACGCGGUAUACCGCAUGAACUAA